CAGUGACGUGAGUAAUGCGUGCGCUACUGAGUUUGAUGCUGAGAGUGGAGAGUGAGAGCGAUGAAUGCUAAGCCGCGCGAGCAACAGCAGGAAGAGAGUAAAGUGAGAGAGAGAAACAGUUAGGACUCUCGCGGAAGAAAUUUUUUCACAUUCCUGGAACAUUCUAGAAGCGUGGGUCUCUCAGUCAGUGCAAUGGCGCAGCAAAAAAAUUUGCGAGUGCAAUUUAAUAAUGAAAAGUGUUUUAUAAACGUGAAAUUCAGUGAAAUCCUAAGCUACGAGGACUUGGAAAAUAGUGUGCGCAAUCAACUGUCCUUAAACGGUGGGGUGCUAAAAAUUUUAGACUCAGAGGGAGUUAGAAUCUUGCCAGCAGCAUUCUCAGAAGUCGAAACUUCGUAUUAUAUUAUACGACACGAAGAAGAUGUGUCUGGUGCCAUUGGAGACGUUCCAGUAAGAAAUGGGUAUCCGGAGGCCACUGGGAAUAUUGUGGAGAAUCCAAAUAUGAUGCCAACCCUUAUUGCGAAGGAGCUUCGCAAGUUUUUUAGAGUUCAAAGAACUGUUUUAAUCAACGGUGCCGAGCUGUUGACAAAAAACAAGCUCACUGAGCGUGAAAGGAAGAUGGCAAUUCGAAUAAUUGCUAACCAUCUUCUGCUUUAUCGGCCUCAGCCCAAAAAAGAUGAUAAAAUAGCUUACGCAAAGGCCACCGUGGAGCUCUUUCCGUCCUUAAAAAUAGAUUCUCCGAGGGGAUAUGAUGCAGUUUAUAAUCCAGAUAAACGUUCUGGGUUUUUGGGGAACUGCAUCAAUAGAAUGCUAUCAAGGAAGCGAGAAGAGUGUAAUGUAUUUGAGCCAACUGCAUUGAUAAACCAGGGGAAUUCUUCUCCGGUACAGAACAACAUUGAUUAUUGCAUUGACUUGGAAGAAGUCAAGGAUGAAUUGAAAACGCUUUUCUGGCGAAAUGACGAAAAAAAAAUAUUUGAUGCCAUGGAGAAAACCUUCCCGAUCCGACGAAAGUUUUUGAAAACACCACUAAAGAAGAACAUUCUUCUAGAGUAUCCAAGGUUUUUGGAUACACGGGGAUUGAUUCAGCUUGAUUUCCAAUUGCUUUUCCCUGAUAAGAACAACUGCUUGAAGGAGUUGUUUGAUGAAGAAUUUCAAACAAAGCUAUGUACUUUGGGAAAUACUCAAGCAAUGCGCAAAAUAGACAAUGGAUGGCCCACGCCAAUUUGGGCAACUCUCAACUGGCUGUCACUGUUGCCACCAACUGGUGGAGGUCGAGGUCACCAAGGUAGACCAAGUCUCAAAGAAGCCUGCGGAAAUUUGAUACAGUUUUACGAGGCAGGCAGAGUGCCUGAUGCAAAACCGUCUCCAACUAUCAUCGCGCAGGGGAACACAAGGAGCGACAUCAGAAAGUUUUACGUGUCUUUGGAUGAGAGUCUCAUAGUAACCAAUGAUUCCUUUCUUGAUGCGUUGGACAUUAUGUUCAAGAUGCAUUUUGUAUUCCAUUUGGAGUAUGAAGCCUCACUGCGCAACUUUUUCCGUUACAUUCAGAACUACGUGUUCAAAAUUAAGGGAAAUGAAACUCCCAAUACUACUAUCAAUAAGUGUCGUAUGAUUUUGAUGUCCAAUGAGUAA